AUGGGUUUACCGGAUUUAUUAGUUAACAAAGAGGCUAACCGGAUAUGGGCAUGUUUUAUAAUUUAUCGUGCUUUGUACUCCGUGACCACCACAGGGCAUCCGCCACCACAACAUCAAGCUUUUCAGUUCCAACAAGGGCAAGCUCUUAACUUAACCCCUAAAGACCAUUUUGCCCUCCAAUUUCAACAACAAUUUCACCCUUCCCAUUUUGCCAUUCACCCUCACCACCAGCACCAGCACCAGCGCCAUCCUCAACAACACCACCAGCACCAGGUUUUUUCUCAGGACCUUAACUUUAGGCAGCCACAAGCGGUGGUGACUCCCCCAGCUCCGCCACCUCAGCUGCAAGCACAGCAGCAGCAUAGGCAGACACAGCAUGUGCAAAAUGCUGGGGUUGUUACUAAUGAAGUGGCUAAAGAGAGCAGUGCUCCAGUUGGAUCCAAAAGAAGAGGUGGACCUGGUGGGUUAAACAAAGUAUGUGGUGUUUCACCUGAACUUCAGGCCAUUGUUGGUGAGCCAGCGCUGCCAAGGACUGAGAUUGUGAAGCAAUUGUGGCAAUACAUAAGGAAAAACAACCUCCAGGAUCCAAGUAACAAGAGGAAGAUAAUUUGCGAUGAUGCUUUACGUGUGGUUUUUGAGACAGACUGCACUGACAUGUUUAAGAUGAAUAAGUUACUGGCUAAACAUAUCAUCCCGCUUCAACCAUCAAAGGAAUCCAGUCAAGCAAAGCGAGCAAAGGUGGAUGUUGAGACUCCAACUGAAAAUACUGAACCUGGUGCAUCACUUGUGGGAAUAUCUGAAAGACUUGCUGAGUUUUUGGGGACUACUGAGAGGGAAAUGACCCAAACAGAAGCAUCCAGACGUGUUUGGGAGUACAUAAAGCUAAAACAGUUGGAGGAUCCGUUAAAUUCAAUGGCGAUACAAUGUGAUACAAAGCUUCGUGAUCUUCUUGGAUGUGAAAGCAUAUCUGCAGUGGGGGUAGGAGAGGUGUUAGCACGGCAUCAUUUAUUCAAACGGUCAUGAUGUUCCGUUAUGAUGACUGGUGCAUGGAACAAUGACCAUCUGCUCACUUCUGAUAGUAGAACAGAUAGCGAAGAAGCUUAUUUUGUUUUUCUGAUCGUUUAUUUUUUGUUGUGUCCUUUGUGAAUUAACGUGGUUAGAUGAAAUGGUGAUUACUCGACUCUGAUCAGAAUGAAAAUGUAACAACCGUCACUGACCUUGGAUGUAGUAGGUUUUCGUGCUAAUUUUAUUGUCAGUUUGACUUCCCGAUGCCUAACCCUCGUAGUAGAAUGAAGGAAACCGCAGUGGAAUUGUAAAAUCCUGUUAACUUGAAAAAGACCAAUAUGUGUAUCCUGUUAUAUAGCCUGUUGUUUUCUACUGCAA